CCCCCAUCGUCGUUUUGGCUUUCCUGGGCCUCCUUACGGCCCCUCGUUGCCGCAGCAGGGUUCGCCUCGAACUCCUGGCCAGAGCGAGGGGUAAGGGCCUCUAACUUCCUCCUCGAUUUCCCCCUUGCUGCCCGCGCUGGGCCUGAGUCAUGGCCCAGGUAUUAUGUUCCGAUCCAGGUGUUUUGGCUGAAGCCUUUGACGCAGCCUGUUUUUUGACUGCCACGCCGUGCCCCAGCCAUGGCGUCGCCUGCCCAGGGGCCGCCCGCGAACCUCGCGCCGGAGGACCCGUUCGGAGCGCUGAGGCGAGAGAACCGAAGGCUGAAGCUGCUGCUCGCAGGCUGCUUCAUGGCAGGAGAGGCCUGCUGAUGGCCGUCCAGCAGCACCGCCUCGGGCCUCCGGGCGGCGCAGGCUCGCGUUCCGAGGCCCUCCGCGCGGCGGGCGAGGCGAGCGGGACUGCCAGGGAGUUCCUCGCGGUGGGCGAGGCCGAGGAUCGGACGCAGCUUCGGUGCAGAUGAGGACUCGGGUCCGAGAGGAGCCCGCUGCCAAAGACGACAUCGAGAUCCCCGAAUUCUUUGACACACGAGACGAGUGGAUUGGUUGCGGGACAUUCGUGGUUGACCAGGGACAAUGCGGCGAUUGUUGGGCGGCAUCAGCAGCAAACACCUUCGGCGACAGGAUCUGCAUCCACCUCCUGGAAGGUGGCGCGCCCGUCACGCUACCACAUGCAGGAGCUCGUGGCGCCGGGGUGGCACAGCGGAUGUUCCAGCAGGCGGGCAACUGCAUCGGCCAGGGGACGAUGGGCAAGGCCCACGAGCACGGCUGCGAGCGCGGGGCUCUCUUUGUCAGCCCGCAGCCGCUGGUCAGCUGCGGCAAUAUGCACAACAGAGACGAGCCCACCUACAAUAAGUACAAUAACGAGAGUGGCUACAGCCCCGGCCACACGCUCUACCCUUCGAGCGUGGGAUGCGAUGGCGGAGAGGCCCAGGAUGCCUGGCGUUUCUUCUACCACGAGGGCCUCACCAUCAUGGACUCCACACAGCAGGGCGGCUGCACGCCGUACACCUCCGGCCUGUGCUCGGGAAAGGACCCCAAGGGGAACGGCUGCCGCCCGUGCGAGUUUUCGCAGUGCGCCGACACCGGCCUUGAGCCAGAGCGCUUCACGGUGAACUCCUUUGGCUGGAUCAUGGAAGAGGACCUCCCAGCGCGCGGCUCGUGGGAUGAUGAUGAGGCUUUUUCGGGCGACGACAGCACGGGCCACUAUCGUCCGCGCUCGCAGCAGGCAGCCAUGGAUCGGCAGGUCCGGAAGAUGCAGAUUGAGAUGAUGACCAACGGCCCGCUCCACACCUGCAUGGACGAUUUCGCCAAUUUCGAUGAUUUCUACAACAAUUACCCCCAGGGCAUCUAUAACAGCACGGAAGGCUCUCCGAACACAGGCGGUCAUUGCAUCGAGCUUGUCGGUUGGGGCACUGAUCAUGCAACGGGCAUGCCGUAUUGGACUUGGAAGAAUUCGUGGGGCCCGAAUUUCGCAAACGGCGGUUUCGCACGCUUCAUCCGUGGCAAGGACCUUGCUGGGAUCGAGAGCGAGGUGUGGGCUGGGUGUCCUACUGGAAGCUUGUGCAAGCUCACGGCAGGGGUGUUUCACAACGAAACAUGGGUGCCCAGGCAUGCGUACCACCCAACAACCAGGCCGUCUUCCACAUCCGCUGCGAGGCCAUCCCGCAGUUGGCCAGGCGGCAGGGAGGUGGAGCUGAAGCGCGCCAAGUUCGAGCAUCCGAUGGUGGCCCCUCUAGUCGUCGCGGCCGUGCGCGCGGCUCGUGGCAACCCGAGCAUGUCCUCCGAGGCCGCCUUGGUAGCGACGCGACGCGUCUGGGCUCGGAGUGUGCGUGGACUGCGGGUGCGCGUGGAGCUCGAGAAUGCCAACGGUAUUGUGAGCCACGGCUACGCCCAUCGCCACAUGGAGGGACAUGUCACUGCUGGGUUUUGAGACUUGGCACGCGGUGCACUUCGGCCGAGUCGUGCUUGAGGCUCUGGCGGCAGGAGGUCUUGCAGUGGCAUAGCACGCUUCGGCACAAGGCCGCCGCCGCUCUGCGCUCGUAGUGCGUCGCUGGCUAGAACCCGUGGCUGUGAUUUUGGCCGUUCCCUCCUGGGCCCCAGGCGCUCACAGGCACGGCGAUCGCUAGUUUUCUAUGUUGAGCUCUUGCGUCGCGCGCCGCCACAGGCUUCGGUUGUUUUACAGGGUCGCUGUCCGUCACGGGUUGGCGAAGCGGCUGAAUACCCAGCGUUUUGAAGCAUUACAGUAGCAAGGCGUACAACAUAGUUCCCAAGUUGGAUGCAUGAAGACGUUCCACAGGGUUGCGAUCUACGGCGCGGUUUGGUGUUGCGGCCCAUACACGUCCGUAUUGGAGCAACCCGAUGUUGCUUGCACUUGUUUGCCGUCAAACGGCAGGUACGAAAGGAUUCCAAUAGUUGGCGUAGCUGUCUCAGUUUCGAUCGCUAGCUCAGUCUUAUCAGUGUUUCUCAUUCAGCGUCUCUGGUGGUAGUCCCAGAUUUUCCGCGCGAAUGGAGGCUCAGGCGUUUGAGCGGGCCGCGCUUGCAAUAACUUGGUGGCCCCACAUGGGGGUUUGCGGAAUCCGUUUUUCCCGCCUCUAUCACUUAUUCAGUUUUGUUUCCUCUCUCUCUCGUUCUCUCUCUCUCUCUCUCUCCCCCUCUCUCUCUCUCUCUUCAGGUGAAGCCUUAGAUAUGAUCGCCACACAUUCGAAUGCAGUGUGAGCUGAUCACAGGCUCGUCGAAUUAUGAUAACAUGCUUCGAGGGUCGCAUGUGCCCACAAGGGCGCGCAUUGCUGGAAGAGGCAACGUGCUUCGAAGGUCGCAUGUUUCCUCGGAUGAACGCAGUAUUCUCUGCGAGUGAGCGGCUAGCUGCGUGCGCACAUAAAAGCCCUGGUCCAUUCAACGCCCAGGGUUUUAUCUUGUAACGGCCUCCUGCCAGUGCCGCCGAUCCAGGGACGCUCUCGAUUCGACCCAUUUUGUGCAAGAGAAGGUAGAAA